CUCGCACCCGCCCCGAGCCCUCGGGAGGAGCGGCCGGGUCCGGGCCUAGCGCGGGGCUGGAGGGGGGGAGGCGGGCGCGGCGGGGUCCCUCGGGGCCACUUCUCUUCCGCGGCCCGAGCCGCGGGCCCCGCUCCUCUUGGUGCCGGGAGGCGUGCGUUGGGCGCGGCGCUGCUGGCCGUGCGGCUGCCGGCCCGUGCGCGCUCUGACCCUGCAGCGUGUGCUAGGUGCCUCCUUUCAUAUUUGCAAUAAAAAUGGAAGAAACGUCUCCCAACCCUUCUGAGAAAGUGGUCGUCAUCCACUCCAAAACUCACAAACAUACCAUUCUAGCUAACUUUGAAGAACAAAGGAAAAAAGAUUUUCUUUGUGACAUUACUCUAAUAGUGGAGGAUGUGCAAUUCAGAGCCCAUAAAGCUUUGCUCGCUGCCAGCAGUGAAUACUUUUCAAUGAUGUUUGUAGAUGAGGGUGAAAUAGGGCAGUCGAUUUACAUGCUGGAAGGAAUGGUUGCCGAUGCGUUUGGAGCGCUGCUAGAAUUUAUUUACACGGGUUAUCUCCAUGCCACUGAGAAAAGCACUGAACAGAUUCUAGCUACUGCACAGCUCCUGAAGGUGAACGACUUGCUGGAGGCCUACACCGAGUACCAGGCUGGCCGCAGCCCCGGGAACAUGCUGCCAAUCCCUUCCUACAGCAGCACCUCUGUGGCACUUACUGUGGGAGACAAGAAAAGUGAAGAGCUGCCCAAGCGGAAACGGGGGCGACCGAGGAAGGUCCAUAUUGCCCAAGAGGAAAAACCAGGAGCAAAUUUUGCUGAAGAUGUGCAGCUGAGGGAGAAUAACUCCAUGCAAAAUAAGCAAAAUUUUAUGACAAAAGACGUGGCAGCAGAAGGAAUAGUUGUCAGCGAACAGGAUCCAGCAAGGAAAGAUGCAGAAGAAACCGAACCUGCUGGUGCCUCGGAAGCUGCUGCCAAUCUGUCAGCUGAGAAAGAUGAGAAUUGUGAUCCCAGGUCUGAAGGAAUGCAGAUCACCCAGAGCCGUUACAGCAAGCGUAGGCUAAGGAGGUCAAUCAAACUAAAAGAUUAUAAACUUCUCGGUGAAGAGGACGAAAAAGGACUGGCAAAGAGAACUGAUGGAAAAAGAAAACGUACAGGUUCUGAAGCUCGCUGUAAAGACUGUGGCAAAGUAUUUAAAUAUAAUCACUUUUUAGCUAUCCAUCAGAGAAGUCAUACAGGAGAGCGCCCUUACAAGUGCAGUGAAUGUGGCAAAGGCUUUUCCCAGAAGCACUCUCUUCAGGUCCACGAGCGGAUGCACACAGGAGAGCGGCCAUACACAUGCACUGUCUGCAGUAAGGCUCUGACAACAAAGCAUUCUCUUCUGGAGCACAUGAGCCUACAUACAGGGCAAAAGGCUUUUACCUGUGACCAGUGUGGGAAAUACUUCAGCCAAAAGAGACAGCUCAAGAGCCAUUAUCGAGUACACACAGGCCGUUCAUUGCCGGAAUGUAACCAGUGUCAUCGCAAAUUCAUGGAUGCAGCUCAGUUAAAGAAACAUCUACGAACACAUACAGGCGAGAAGCCUUUCACUUGUGAAAUUUGUGGCAAGUCAUUCACAGCUAAAAGUUCUCUUCAGACUCACAUUAGAAUUCACAGGGGAGAAAAGCCGUAUUCUUGUGGGAUAUGUGGAAAAUCCUUCUCUGAUUCCAGUGCUAAGAGAAGACACUGUAUCUUACACACAGGCAAAAAGCCUUUUUCUUGCCCAGAAUGUAGUGUGCACUUUGCUCGCCUGGACAACCUGAAGUCUCACUUGAAAAUUCAUAGCAAGGAGAAGCAGUUUCAAGAAGCCAGCGCUGCUUCAAGCACCAACACUAAUUCAGAGGAAGUGAGAAAUAUUCUUCAGCUGCAGCAGUAUCAACUUGCCACCUCUGGAGGGCAGGAAAUUCAACUGCUGGUUGCAGAUGCAGUGCAUAAUAUAAACUUCAUGCCUAGUCAUAAUCAAGGCAUUAGUAUUGUUACUGCAGAAAGCGCCCCAAAUAUGACAGCGGGGCAGGCUGCUAACCUCACACUGCUUGCUCAGCCACCACAGCAGCUGCAAAACUUGUUGCUUUCAGCUCAGCAGGAGCAAGUGGAACAAAUCCAAAACAUAAAUGUGAUGGCAAACCAAAUAGAGACUGCUCAGCCUGAGCAAAUGCACGUCAUCACUCUUUCCAAGGAAGCACUUGAACAUCUCCAUGCUCAUCAAGGGCAAAAUGAAGAAAUCCACUUAGCAGGAUCUUCCCAAACAGAUUAGCACAUGCAGCUGGCUCAGGAAUCAAGUCAGCCGUCUCACUCGAGCCAAGAUACAGUUCCUUCUCAUCAAAGUAGUGAAGAACAGAAUCAAAAUGUACAUAUUUCUGAAUCCCAUCAGGAGUUUAUGUCAGUAAAUAAGUCAGCUCAUGAGCAUCCUAUUCAAGCACAGCCUUUUUGAAAUGCUUAUUUGUCACUGGAGGGCUAGGCUUUAGCACACUUCUCAUCCAAGCAGUGAUUACACACAUCACACUUUCUUUCUGCAGCAUAAUCUUAUCUGAAGAUGCAUUUCUUGGUGAUUUUUGGUGGGUGGCUUUCCGUUUUCUUGACCUUAUUUAUUUUAGACUUUUUUAUUAUUAUCAAUUGGUAUUUCUCCACCAUUUAGUCCGUACCUCACAAGCGAUUAAAGCUUUUUUUUCUGUUCCUCUCCCAAAUCCAUGCCUCCUGAGCAGCUACUUGGCCCCUUAUUUGCAUUUCCAUGUGACGUUCCAGGGAAGUGUACCUUGCUGGCUGAAGAACGGUGUUAAGAUGUCUGCUGAUCAGAAAGUACAGCUUCUCUGAUGGAGUCAACAGUACCUGAAUUACUGUCAAGAUAAUGAGUACUUUUUGCAAAGAUAACACCUUAUGUCUUACGUCUGUUGAACUUUCUCUUUGCGAGUUAAUGUAUAACUUUCUGUAUGACCAUCCCCUUAAGUGCAUUUUGAUUUACUGAAUACCAAAUUUGGUUUGAGUUGAAAUUAUUUAAGCCUUUGGUUCAGGGUUGUCCUUUCCGUUUACAGUACUCUCUAAGAGUUUUGCUCCUCAGAAAUGCUUACCCCAUUGCACUUGAAUGGUGGCAGUGCAACACGGUGGUUAUUCUGGACAGCUGAACAGCCCACAUUCUGUUAAUUCCACCACUCGCUUGCUGUGUGACAGUGAGCAAGGCAGUUGACCUCUGUGCCUUAGUUUCCUAUCUAGUAGGUGGGGUAACGUUCACACACCCUGCCAAGCACUUUGAAGAGCUCUUGAUGUGGAAGGUGCUGUCUACUGAAUUGCGGAAUUCUCUUCCUGACAGGCCUCAGUCUAAGCUUAGGAGCCAGUUUGUAUUUAAAGUGUUAUUUUUUGUACUUUUGAGAGCAGAAUGUAAUGUUACUUUUAAUAUAUGUUAAAGUCGGUAAUUGUUCAUGUCCCCGUAAAAACAAAGAAUAGACUCACUUCAGAGCAUAAUGAGCUAUAUAAAUGGGGCAUAUCGCGUUAAAGUUGUACGGCUAUUUUUGUUGGCUAGAUUAGAUGUGUACAGAUUGUUUUUAAUGACUGACUGCUGCCAAAAAAAGAUUUGACAACUUAAUAAAAUGCCAUGUCAGAGUUUUUGCUUUGCAUCCAA